AUGAAAGCACAGCUUUUUCGCCAUGCCAGCCCACGCGCUGCUCUCUUCUCAGCGCUGCAGUUCAUAGCGCUGGUGCUGAUCGGCUGCCUCGUGCUGCAGGCCCACGGCGUUGCGGCUGCGACCGCCAAGGCCACGGUGGAGUCGCCGGACGACGGCCACGGCGACCUCAUUCUCGAGGAGGACACGGAGGACCUCGGCGCGUCAGGAUGGAUCUCGCUGGUAGUGGCCGACACGGUGCUGCUGCUCUUUGCGGCGUUGUUUGCCGGCUUGACGCUGGCGCUGCUCGGGCUGGACACGCUGUCGCUGGAGAUUAUCGCCGACAGCGGCUCGGAGCCGGACAAGACGUACGCCCAAAAGAUUCUCCCGAUUCGCCAGCUGGGUAAUCAGCUGCUGUGCACGCUGAUUCUGGGCAACGUCAUGGUCAACACGCUCAUCGCGCAGAUCACCGACUCCCACAUCCACGGCUGGGUGGCUACCGUCGUCUCCACUGCCUUGACCACCCUCGGCGGUGAGGUGAUCCCGCAGGCGCUAAUGGCCGCCCACGCCCUCCAGGUCGGCUCGCGGUCCGCGCCAAUCGUCAAGUUCUUUGUCGUGAUCUUCUGGCCCAUCUGCAAGCCACUCAGCUUAAUUUUGGACAAAUUUAUCGGCAAAGACCCUGGCCAGAUCUACGAGCGUAACGAGCUGAAGAAGCUCAUGUUCAUGCACGCGGCCCGCAGCGCGGAGUCCGGCAUCGGCGCCGGGGAGGUGGAUCUCAUGGUGGGGGCGAUGGAGCUGCAUGAGAAGACCGUCAUGGAGGUGAUGACGCCGGUGAGCGAGAUGCUGAUGCUCGAGGCAAAUGAGCGCCUGAACGAGGAAACGAUCCAGCUCAUCUCUGACCACGGCCACAGCCGCAUCCCGGUGUACCAGACAACAAAGAACAACGUGAUUGGUGUGCUCUUCGCGAAGGACCUGCUCAUGGCCAACCCACAAGAGAACACAAAGGUGCUGCUGCUCGUUAAGUUCUACAACCGUCGCUGCCACGUCGUGCCGUCGGAAACGAAACUGAUUUCGAUGCUGAAAUACUUCCAGACGGGCAAGUCGCACAUCGCGCUGGUGCAGGAAGUCCAGCAGCGGCCCUACGGCGACCCCUACUACGAGGUGAAGGGUCUCGUGACGAUGGAGGACAUCAUCGAGGAGCUCAUCCACAGCGAGAUCUUCGACGAGUACGACAUCGACCCCCAGCAGAUUCAGCACAACGCCGGCGGCAACCUCCUCAGCGCAAACAUUGCCUCCAAGCGCCAGAUCGGGCUCACCUCCAAGUGUUCGCGGCGCGUGCACCUGAACCACAACGAGCUGCGCGCCGCCGCGCUCUUCCUGUGCGAGUCGCUGCCGGAGCUCAGCAUGGAGGACGUGUCGCAGCUCAUUCAGGGCAUAUCACAGUGCACGACGGUGUACCGCGUGCGUGCCCCGAAGGACGCGCGUGGGAUGGAGGACGACGACAAGCAGAACGUGUGGCUCUACCGCGAUGGCGUGCCAUCGUCCGUCUUCUCCCUCAUCAUCUCCGGCCGCGUGGAGGUCUUCGCCGGCAAAGAGUCUAUCGCGCUGGAGAUGGGAAGCUGGUCGCUGUUGGCGACGGAUGCUCUGUCGUCCGACCUCUUUGUGCCGACCUUUAGCUGCCGCGUGGUGCAGGAUACGACGUUGAUGCAGAUCACCCGCGAGGCGUAUGUGGAGAUGCUGCGCAUUUGCAACAAUGCACCCAGCGAGAUCUCGACAGGAGGGUCGUCGCUGGGCAACGGGGACGGCAAGUCUUGGAAGGAUGCGAGGUGA